AUGGCUCCUAAAAAGAAGGCAAACAAGGGGGCCAAGGAGCCCGAACUCAAGAAGAAGAAAGGCGGCAAGAAGGAUGUGAGCGUGCCUGUGGAAACGACGUUAGCCGAGGAGAUCCGGGAGUUCUACCACAUCCAGAUCCGGGACCUGGAGGACAGGCUGGCCCGGUACCAGCGGAAGUGGGAUGAGCUGGCCGUACAGGAGAAGCUGCUGCACCAGGAGUUUGACCAGCUGGCCAACAACAAAAAGGAGAUCGUGGCCUUCCUGAAGCGCACGCUCAACCAGCGCGUGGAUGAGAUCGCCGAGCUCAAUGAGCAGCUCCAAAGCCUGCAGCUGGCCAAGGAGAUGGAGAAGGAUGCCUUCGAGGCCCAGCUAGCCCAGGUGCGCCAUGAGUUCCAGGAGACCAAGGACCAGCUCACCACGGAGAACAUCAUCAUUGGGGGGAAGCUGGCAGCCCUGGAGGAGUUCCGGCUGCAGAAAGAGGAGCUCACGGAGAAGUUCACGUUGCUGGAAGACCAGCUGCGGAAGCAGGAGAAAGAGUACACGGACUACGUGUACAACCUGGAGAAGAAGUCGGUGCUAGACCGGGACAGAGUGAAGAAGGAGAUCAUUCAGCGUGUGAACCUGGUGGCCACUGAGUUCCGCAAGAUGGCCACCAGCCAGAUGUGGGACACAACGAAGCGGGCCAUCCUGGAGAACAACACGGUGACCCUGCAGCUGUCCAAGAUCUCCCAGCAUGGCAUGCAGCUGCUGCGGGAGAACGACCAGCUCAAGUGCGCCCAGGACAAGCUGUGCAAACAGCUGGAUCUGCUGAGGACCACCAAGAAGGCCAUGUCCAAGGACAGCAGAGGCCACCACAAGGUCAUCCUCAUGCUGACGGAGAAGUGCCUGGAGCAGAAGCAGGGCAGAGUGGAGGCGGAGCAGCUGUACCUCCUGCUGAGCCAGAUGGAGAAGACCAUCUCACGGCUGCAGAAGGGCAAGGAGACACUGAGGAGCCAGAGGGACCACCUGAACCUACAGCUGAAGCAGCAGCAGGCCGAGAUGCAGCAGCUACAGCAGAAGCUGGCCGAAGAGCAAAAGUUUCGGGCAAGCCUGAUAAUGGCCCUGGCCCAGGCCACCACCUUCCUACAGAACAUUCUGCAGCCCUACCAGCAGAUACAACCAGAGGAAAAGGACAGCAACUUUGAGGUAGUGUUCCAUGGGGAGCUCAAGGAGAUGCUGCAGCAGCUGCUGGUCAUGCUCACCUCAGCCAUGGUCCUGAGCCCCCAGAGGCUUAUGACUCCAAGCCGGGAGACUCAGCCCCGUGGCCCCAAGGAGAGCCAGUCCCGCAGCCAGCCAUUCAAGCCUGGGUCUCUGCUGCAACAGCUGUCCAGCAUCACACCCUACCAGCCGGGAGACCUGGGCCUGGUACCUCGACGGGCCCACAUCCCACCCAACCCCGAGGACCUCAGGCUGCUCUCAACUUCUACCCGUAUGAGAAUAUUCCAUGCACACAGCAGCUCUGAGGCAGGGGGAGGGGAGGAACCCCCUGAGGAGGCCUCAGCUUCCAAGCAGGCAUCUUUAAUCUUACAGAUCCAUACCUCUGGUUCUCCAAAAAAGUUCAAAAAGUUAAGUCUUCCUGAAGUUUCGACACUUUCCAAGUAA